GCUGAGCUCUCCGGUUCCGUCCAUGUGUCCAGUCUCGGUCGGAAGCGCUGUAAUUAUUCCUGUAUUGACACGUAGUGAGCCGUGUUGGCGGUUCUCUCAGCACAGAUUUGUUGCAAUGUCAGGGUUUGACAACUUCAACACAGACUUUUAUCAGUCGACUUACAGUGUAGAUGACCAAAACCAAGGAGGAUAUGGCUACAGCAACACAGAGGACCCAUACAACAAGCAAUAUGGUCAGUACGACUAUUCACAGCCUAUGGGCUAUUCAACAGCUCCGGGGAUGAUGCAGCCGCAGCAGCCCUACACAGGCCAGAUCUACCAGCCCACGCCUGCUUUCACACCCGCCUCCUCACAGUCCAUGUACAGCAGCAGCUUUGAAGAUGAGCCACCUCUAUUAGAGGAGCUGGGAAUCAACUUUGACCACAUCUGGCAGAAGACCCUAACGGUGCUACACCCCUUAAAGGCAGCAGAUGGCAGCAUAAUGAACGAAACAGAUCUGACUGGACCGAUGGUUUUCUGUCUGGCCUUUGGGGCCACGCUACUGCUCACAGGGAAGAUCCAGUUUGGUUAUGUGUACGGAAUUAGUGCCAUCGGUUGCCUGGGCAUGUACUGCCUCCUCAAUCUCAUGAGCAUGACUGGUGUGUCUUUCGGCUGUGUGGCCAGUGUCCUGGGCUACUGCCUGUUACCCAUGAUCCUCCUCUCCAGCUUCGGUGUCCUGUUUUCCUUACAAGGCAUGUUGGGUAUCGUCUUAACAGCCGGCAUUAUUGGUUGGUGCAGCUUCUCGGCUUCCAAAAUCUUCAUCUCGGCUUUGGCCAUGGACGGUCAGCAGCUCCUGGUGGCGUACCCCUGCGCUCUGCUGUACGGAGUCUUCGCCCUCAUUUCUGUAUUUUGAACUCUAAACUUCCUCUGCAGAACGUGGUGGCCCACCAACACACACUUCUAUACUUCUGCUUUAUGAAGUGUCAACAGAGCUGCUGCGAUUUGGCUGUCAGGAACAUCAUGCUCAUGUAGUGCAUUCCAUAUUGAACUUCGACCAGAAGUGGGGGACAGCAGUUAUGUUUUUUUUUUUUGUUUGUUUCUUUUAUCUUAUUUUUUUCUUUUCUUUUCUUUUUCCAUAGCUCCACUUCUUUAAAAACACAGUGCUCUGUAAAGGAGCAGCAUUAAGGGCCAUUUCUGAUGAAUUUUAAUAAAAGGGGGAAAACAAUUAAACAUGGAAUGUUGAAACUGAGAGAAAAUACAAUGAAAAGUUUCCAUAAGUCUCCAUAAUCAACACACAUCUCAGUUUUCUGCUUUGUAAUACGUUUGUGGUAUUGAAGAAAAUGGUUGUCACUCCAGUCACUCUCCUGAAUAUGAAUAGAUUGUUCAGCUUGAGCCUUUGAGCUUGUUUCAGAGCUGUGUGGCCAGUACAGAAGGCCUGAGAGCAGCUGAGUGUGUGAUGGGGAUCACAUACACAGCGGCUCACACCCCUUCAUAUUCAUACAGAUUGUUUGGGGGGGGAGGGUUUUCUUUGGUCAGUUUUAUCAAUGUUAUCAGUUGCACAGAAAUCCUGCAGAGAGAGUCCUAGCCCUCUCUCCUCUCAGUAAUUUAAAUGACUUCAGACCAUUAUUAUUUUUUUUUAUUUUAAUAUCAACUCUGGCCUUUAAACCUCAUCUUCUUCAUUAGAAGAAAGAACAUCCAAAUCAAGGGGCAAGUCCAUUUCAUUCCGAAUUUUCUUGAACGCAGUUGCCACGUCCUUUAACUUUUUAAGCUAUCUCAAUAGAUAGAGAUAUUAAAUGCUAAAGUCACAGUACAGAGCACAGUACAAAUGUACAAAAGCUCUUGAGGCUAGUGUUUGUUGCAGUCCCUGUCGCCACCGAGUCAUGCAUAUUUGGAGGAGCGUCUGUCCUUCGCUCUUUGUUUUGUGUACCGUUAGCAAGGAGCAACUUUUUACCACGACAGUCUGCGAAUCAAGGCCACGCUCCUUGCUGCCUGCUCUAUUUAUAUGCAGUGUAAUUUGUUUUUUGUACAUACAGAGAAGUCCAGUGGUUUGGAUCUAUCUUGUCUUGUGGAAAUUCAGUAAUUUAGUUGGAUGUUCCACUCGUGUUGUUUCAUGGGCCAUUUUACCAAAAUAAAGUUGUUUUUUUUGGUUGAA